GACUUUUAUGGAAACUUGCUGCUGGAGCCGGCGGCGGCGGCGGCGGCCAAAGGGCUCGUAGCGGCUGGAGCGGCGGCGCCGACCGGAGCGCCCGGACCCCUGCCCACACCUCGGUGCCCGACGCGCACAGCCUCCCCGCGCGCACCCCGGACCUCCGCGUGUCGCCGGCUCGAGGCGGGUGCAAAAAAUUACAAAGCUUCAUAAUCACCCCAAGACCACAUAGAGCAAACAUGAACGAUAUUUCCCAAAAGACUGAGCUUCUGCUUUCUUCAUCUAAACCUGUACCAAAAACCUAUGUGCCAAAACUUGGCAAGGGUGAUGUAAAGGAUAAGUUUGAAGCCAUGCAGAGAGCCAGGGAAGAAAGAAAUCAAAGGAGAUCUAGAGACGAAAAGCAAAGAAGAAAAGAACAAUAUAUUAGAGAGAGAGAAUGGAACAGGAGAAAGCAGGAGAUUAAAGAAAUGCUUGCUUCUGAUGAUGAGGAAGAGGUAUCUUCUAAAGUAGAAAAGGCUUAUGUCCCAAAGCUAACAGGAACUGUUAAAGGUAAAUUUGCUGAAAUGGAGAAACAAAGACAAGAGGAACAAAGGAAGAGAACGGAGGAGGAACGAAAACGCAGAAUUGAGCAGGAUAUGUUAGAAAAGAGGAAGAUACAACGUGAAUUAGCAAAAAGGGCUGAGCAGAUUGAGGACAUAAGCAAUACGGGAACUGAAUCAGCAUCAGAGGAAGGAGAUGACUCACUGCUUGUAACAGUGGUACCUGUCAAAUCACACAAAAUAUCUGGAAAAAUAAAAAAGAGUUUUGAAGAUCUAGAAAAAGAACGAGAAGAAAAGGAAAGGGUCAAGUAUGAAGAAGAUAAAAAAAUAAGAUAUGAAGAACAAUGCCGAUCUCUCAAGGAAGCAAAGUGUCUUUCAUUGGUCAUGGAUGAUGAACUGGAAAGCGAGGCAAAAAGAGAAUCACUUUCUCCUGGAAAACUGAAACUGACUUUUGAAGAAUUGGAAAGACAAAGACAAGAAAACCGAAGGAAGCAAGCUGAGGAGGAAGCAAGAAAACGUUUAGAAGAAGAAAGGCGUGCUUUUGAAGAAGCAAGGCGGCAAAUGGUAAAUGAAGAGGAGGAAAACCAAGACACAGAAAACAUUUUUAAAGGGUACCGCCCGGGUAAACUCAAACUCAGUUUUGAAGAAAUAGAAAGACAAAGGAGAGAAGAUGAAAAAAGGAAAGCAGAAGAAGAAGCCAGAAGAAGAAUAGAGGAAGAAAAGAAGGCAUUUGCUGAAGCAAGGAGAAGCAUGGUAGUAGAUGAUGACUCCCCAGAGCUGUAUAAAACAAUCUCUCAAGAAGCUCUUACACCAGGAAAACUGGAAAUUAAUUUUGAAGAAUUAUUAAAACAAAAAAUGGAAGGAGAAAGACGACGAACGGAGGAGGAGCGGAAGCAUAAGCUGGAGGCGGAAAAACGAGAAUUUGAACAACUGAGGCAAGAAAUGGGAGAGGAAGAAGAAGAAAAUGAAACCUUUGAACUGAGUAGAGAAUACGAAGAAUUAAUCAAAUUGAAAAGGAGUGGCUCUAUUCAAGCUAAAAAUCUAAAAAGCAAGUUUGAAAAAAUCGGACAGUUGUCUGAAAAAGAAAUACAAAAAAAGAUAGAAGAAGAACGAGCAAGAAGAAGAGCAAUUGAUCUUGAAAUUAAAGAGCGAGAAGCAGAAAACUUUCAUGAGGAAGAAGAUGUUGAUAUCAAGCCUGCAAAAAAAAGUGAGGCUCCAUUUACUCAUAAAGUGAAUAUGAAAGCUAGAUUUGAACGAAUGGCUAAGGCAAGAGAAGAAGAAGAACAAAGAAGAAUCGAAGAGCAAAAGUUAUUACGCAUGCAGUUUGAACAAAAGGAAAUUGAUGCAGCACUACAAAAGAAAAGAGAAGAGGAGGAAGAAGAAGAGGGUAGUACCAUGAAUGGCUCCACUGUUGAAGAUGAAGAGCAAACCAGAUCAGGAGCUCCGUGGUUUAAGAAGCCUCUAAAAAACACAUCGGUAGUAGAUAGUGAGCCAGUUAGAUUUACUGUUAAAGUAACAGGAGAACCCAAACCAGAAAUUACAUGGUGGUUUGAAGGAGAAAUACUGCAGGAUGGAGAAGACUAUCAAUAUAUUGAAAGAGGAGAAACUUACUGCCUUUAUUUACCAGAAACUUUUCCAGAAGAUGAAGGAGAGUAUAUGUGUAAAGCAGUGAACAAUAAAGGCUCUGCAGCUAGUACCUGUAUUCUUACCAUUGAAACUGACGACUACUAGGUCCCCUUCCCUCUCCCUGGAACACACCUUCUCUCUCCGACUUUCUUACUACAUCCAUCUUUUCUGUGGCGGGGCCAAAAAAGGAAACCGGAAGUGCCACUAUGUUGACUUCUUAUUCCUUUCCCUAAGACUUCAAAACACAAGCUCAUCUAAAAAACUAUCUUCUUCCUUUUCAAAUGAGCACCAGAUUUAUCACCUUAUUAUGCAGUAUAGGUUAAUGUGUAAUUUAAUGGGGCAAAGUGGGAAACUUAAUUAUUUUAUCAAAACCUAUUACAAACACUGUGUAUUUCCCAUGUUUACAGCAAUUAUGUUUUAAAAAAUCAUAAAUAGGACAUAUUUUUGCAUGGAAAGAUAUCAUUUAUGAGCUAUUAAAUUAGUCUGAAAUAGCUGAGUUAAUGAAUUUGGAACCUAUAAAUUUGAGUGGGUUUUUUCCUCAGUAGUACAUCAUUUUGGUUGUUGUAGUUUGUCUUUCUGAAGCAGAGAUACGAGGGGGGAGGGGGUAUCACGUCCCUCUGUGUGGAAAAAAAAAAUAAAGAAUUUUAAGAAACAACUGCCAGCGCAAAUCUGAUGGAAACCAUUGCCUAAUACAGAGUUCUGAGUGUUGAGAAUAUCAAAAAAUGUACUUUUCAAAUGUGUGUAAUAUGUAUUCAAGGUUAUAAAGCAAACGUGUUGCGACCUUACCUGAACAAAUUAUAUUUUAAUGAGAAAACUUUGUAUUAAUAGUUCAUGCAGGAGAAAACAAUUUCAACAUAGUCAAAGAAUUCAAGAUCUAAGAGAAUUAAAUUUAGGGAAAAAUGGUACGAUCUUCAAUUUUGAGUUUUUAAUGUGAGUUUGUAAAUAAUUAGCUACCAUGUUCUAUUAUCAAGUUGUUUUAUAUUUUAAUUUUCUGGAAGACAAUUUU